AUGGGAUACCCAGUGAUCAUCCACACCCAUCACAAGGUGGCAGAGAUGACAGAAGAAGGGAACUUUGUUUUGAUGGAUUCAAGGCUGGGCUGUGGGGGUGGGGCUAACAGGGGCAACACCCUCAGCCAGACCCCCAGCCCAACAUCAACAGGGGCAAAACCCUCAGCCAGACCCCCCCAGCCCAACAUCAACAGGGGCAACACCCUCAGCCAGACCCCCCAGCCCAACAUCAACAGGGGCAACACCCUCAGCCAGACCCCCCAGCCCAACAUCAACAGGGGCAAAACCCUCAGCCAGACCCCCCCAGCCCAACAUCAACAGGGGCAACACCCUCAGCCAGACCCCCCAGCCCAACAUCAACAGGGGCAACACCCUCAGCCUGACCCCCCCAGCCCAACAUCAACAGGGGCAAAACCCUCAGCCAGACGCCCCAGCCCAACAUCAACAGGGGCAACACCCUCAGCCAGACCCCCCAGCCCAACAUCAACAGGGGCAACACCCUCAGCCAGACCCCCCAGCCCAACAUCAACAGGGGCAAAACCCUCAGCCAGACCCCCCCAGCCCAACAUCAACAGGGGCAACACCCUCAGCCAGACCCCCCAGCCCAACAUCAACAGGGGCAACACCCUCAGCCUGACCCCCCCAGCCCAACAUCAACAGGGGCAAAACCCUCAGCCAGACGCCCCAGCCCAACAUCAACAGGGGCAAAACCCUCAGCCAGACCCCCCAGCCCAACAUCAACAGGGGCAACACCCUCAGCCAGACCCCCCAGCCCAACAUCAACAGGGGCAAAACCCUCAGCCAGACCCCCCAGCCCAACAUCAACAGGGGCAACACCCUCAGCCAGACCCCCCAGCCCAACAUCAACAGGGGCAACACCCUCAGCCAGACCCCCCAGCCCAACAUCAACAGGGGCAACACCCUCAGCCAGACCCCCCAGCCCAACAUCAACAGGGGCAACACCCUCAGCCAGACCCCCCAGCCCAACAUCAACAGGGGCAACACCCUCAGCCAGACCCCCCAGCCCAACAUCAACAGGGGCAACACCCUCAGCCAGACCCCCUAACCCAACAUCAACAGGGGCAACACCCUCAGCCAGACCCCCCAGCCCAACAUCAACAGGGGCAACACCCUCAGCCUGACCCCCCAGCCCAACAACCACAGGGGCAAAACCCUCAGCAUGACCACCCAGCCCAGCCUCAACAAGGUAACACCCUCAGUCUCAAACCAAACCCCAGGCCAGCCUCACACACCCAGCCAAAGGUUAACAGGGUCAGUAGUAACCAGCCCCCACGACCCCCCCCACCCACCCUCCCAAGGCCCAACAUAAGUAGCAGUGACCCGGUCAAACAACCCAGCCCAGCUUCACAACCCCAGUUCAGCCUCAGUAGGGGCAACAGUGGCAGCAGGGCCCCCUAUCUCCCCUGGGCUGUUAGGAUAAGAUGUCUCUCUGUCUGA